GGACUUUUGGCUGACUUAUCGGGACAGCGGGACAAAACGCUGAAAAGCGGGACGUAUGACUGUCAAACGAGUAACAAUGAUCUUCUCAAGUUGUGUCUCCAUUUUGAUCGUUUGUUUGUUGUCCAGCCCGGUAGUUGGAAAACCAGGAUAUCGCCGUGAUAACAACAAUUGCGCAUUGCCUGUGUCGGCUGAAGUCAAUUAUAAUAUGCUUCCUGAUUCUUGGUAUCAAAUUCUAAACACCAAUGGUCCAGUUGAACGCGAUGUACCAUGUUAUGCGAUCAAAUAUUUUAGAGAAACUCCCGACGGAAUUUUUGCUGAGUUCCAGGGUAUUUCAUCAGCGGAAAAAGAUACAAUGUCACUCAACGGAGUCAUACCCUUCCGUUGGUAUAAGAAUGGAACUUCAAUCACAAGAUUCGACACAAGUUUCGAAUUUCUGUGGUUAAAUUUGGCAAAACAUAACGGAGCAAGUGAACAUGAAUCGGAAGUGCUUCAAUACAAUUAUGAGCAUCCGAUGAGUUGCUUCACAGAUUAUGAGCAUUAUCUCAUGUGCUUGAAGUGUGGUGGAGAAGGUCCUAAAAACAUAUGGGUUCACAGUCGUAAUCCUCAUCCCACGGCAGAAGAUAUUCUACGAGUGCACAACAAGCUUGUUACAAUCGGAGGUGGCUGGAGCGCAGUUCCCUUGUACUUAUCCGGUUGUCAUAAAUUUAGCAUGACUGAAACGGUUGCUUACUAAAAUGAUAAUGUC